AUGUUCAUCACAGUGAUGUUUGGAGGGUGCUUGAUUGGGGAAAAGCAGGUGAUUCCACCCACCCAUCUCGGUCCUUUCCCUGCAGCUGGCUGCCAGGAGCUGGUGAACAUCUGGUGCAGCCUAGUGACCCUUAAUGCCCACCUGAGGCAGAGGGGACAACUGCCCCCAGAUGCAUCCAUUGCCCUCCUGGCUGAGGAUGGGAACCUGGUGAGCCUGGAGGAAAGCCUGGAGGGGACUUCCCCUGCCCCCAGCAUGGGCAGCUCCCUGCUGCAGGAGCGAGGGACUUAUGUCCUGGUGCAGGUCAUCAAGGGGGAAGGCGGGGCCCCCACCCGCUAUGAGCCCCUCCUGGAGAACUUGGAUGAAUGCUAUCCGGAGCUGGCAGAGGAGCUGUGCAGGCUGUCAGGCCUCCCUGCCACAGGCAAUGGCACCCAGAGGAGGCACAUGAGCACCCGGCAUGGUGGUGGUGGUGGCGGCGGUAGCAGAGGCCAGCACCGGGAGCAAGGCCCCAAUUCCAGGCCCAGGAGGACAGGCUCUCUGCCAUCCAGGACGCGCUAGCUUGGGCUAGGAGCCAGGUAUGGGAGAGGAUAGGGACACAUGGGGAGACAUGUAAGCUGAGAAGAGGUGCACCCCAAUGCCAACCGCUACCCCCAUCCACCCCAAGCCAGAAAAUGGGUUCCC